AUGUGGCGGCUGUCGCUGCUAGCUGUCGCCGCAUGCGGAUCUGCGCAGCCCAACAAUGAAGUUGGUCUCAGCCUGGCGAAGGCUGGGGCCGGAUUGGAUGCCACUGCGCAAGCCCAGGCAGCUGUGGCCCAGAUGACGGGCCAGCUCCUGCUGAAGCAGCAGCAGUAUGCAGCGGCAAAGCUGAAGAUGGAGCAGCUUGCUCGGCAGGAAGAAUCUUACUCGCGCCGCACCGAUUUGAUGGCUAAGCGAGAGUCAAGGAUGGAAGAAAAAAGACAGGCACAUGGCGGCGUCCUGGAUCAGGCCUUCAAAGCGAAGGCAAGGACCCAGGCUGCCCAGAACAAAAUGAUCAAGGGCGAGGCUGAGGUCAAGAAGCUGAACCAGGAGAUCAAGGCAGAGAAGCAGCUGAUUAAGACCAGCGAGGAGCAGCUGAAGGAGAUUCGGCUCAGGGAAGAUGAGUACAACAACGGCGCGCGCCUAGCUGUUAUGAAGAGCAACAAGCUCGAACGAGACCUGAAGGAAGCGCGCAUCGAGCUGGCGGCCCAGAAGGAAAAGUUUGCGGAAAUGACCGAAGCCGCCUCAGUGGAGGAAGCAAAGUGGGAUUCGGCCCGACGCGUGCGAGAAAAUCAGGAGGCCGAGAACGCAGCAAAAGCACAGCUCUUGGAGUCAAAGCAAGGACAGCUUGGCCUCCUUCGGCAGAUCAACCCACAGGACAUGGCUGUGGCAGAGAAGCAGCUCGAGCAGACCAAGCUUCUGUUGAAGGAAGCCAAGCACAAGAACAAGGCAGACGCCGUGGCUGAGGAAAAGGCCUUGCAGCAGCAGCAAGCAGCGGCCGACGCAUCACAUAGGGCGGCAGAGGCAAAGCUGCACAAGGUUCAGUUGGAGCUGGAGCAUGCCAAGGAGGAGCAGCGCGCUGCACUGCGAGAUGCCCGCGCCCGUGUCCAGCACCAUGCCACUUCUGACGAGCAAAUCAGGAUGCAACAGGCAGAGAAGGCACUGAAGCCAUACCAGAAGAAGCUGGAAGAUGCUGAAGCAAGGUUGCACCAUCAAGAAAUUGACAACCAGGCUUUGGCCCAAGAUCUCAAUCACCAGACAGCAGCUCUGCAAGAGGAAGCCCGGCAGAAUGUUUCCGGCAUGAAGCUUGAGGAGACUCGUGGCCAGAAAGAGCUCGAAUACCUGAGAAAGACUGUUGCUGAGGGCUUGAAGGAAGACAAGAACAAGCAGUCCAACAUGCAGCGGACGAUGACCCGAAUGAAGGCCAGCAAGUCGCAGCAGACGCGCAAGGUCCAGGAGAUUGACACGAAGCUCAGGGCAGAGCAAGCAAAACUUGAGGAGGCUUCCCUGCGCUUGCAGACAUUCCAGAGGAAGGAAACACAGGAGCAACUCGACUAUGAAAAAAAGAUGUAUGAAGUUAAUGCGCUGAAGGAAGCGAAAGCGCAGCAGGAAGUAGAUCGACUCCAGCAAGAGUUCCACAAGGUGCAUGCUGACAAGAGCGAGAGGAUCACACAACUGAACCACAAGCUGCACGAGCUCAAGCAAGGAAAGCUGAGAGGUGUGUAA